CUGAAGAAACAGUAGACAGAAUUGAGAUAGGUAAUAAUGGAAAGAUAUCGUCAGUCGUAGGCGUAGGGAGAGACAGAGGGAGGUCUGAGAAUAGGAGAGAGAGGAGCGGAGAGAGAGUAUAAGUGGUGGGAGGAGUCCUUCUGGAUAUAAGAGCAGGCGGGGUGGCUUCUGGAAGGCGAUUCCUUUCCGACACUGGCGCCUUCGCGGACUGGGUGGCGUCCUCGGCCGCCACCGGCAGAGGCGACGACCUCUGCCUCGGCUUCGGUGCCGGCGGUGGCGGAGGAGGAGGUGGUGGAGCCAGCGGAGCCGCCGGUGUAGUAUGGGCUGGCUCCAGCUCAUCGUCCGCCGCUGCCGCUGGCGGCGGGAGACAGGCUAGCGGUUAUGGUGUACCUGCCGACAUGGGCAUGGUUCUGCUGGCCUCCGCCGCCUCCUUCAACCAGCAGCAUCACCACGCGUCCUUACUCUCGUCGUCGGCUGCGGAUCAGCACCCGAUCAUCCCCCUCCUCGCCGCCGCGCCGUGCCUCGUCGACGAUGAGAACGUUGCUCGGUCUAAGCACGGGGGAAUCCAGCUCUGGCAAUCGGCCCUGCCCCAUCCGCCCCACCACCACAAUUACCUGCCGCACACACAUGGCGCUAACCCUAACCCUAACCUUAACCCUAAUCCCACCCUCUCGGAUUACCUCGGGAAGUCCAUGCUCACCAUGCUCGACGCCGGCGGAAUUCUUACUGGUGGGGGCGCGGCGGUGGGCGGGAGUUCUGCGACGUGCCAGGACUGCGGCAACCAGGCAAAGAAGGAUUGCAGCCACCGCCGGUGCCGGACGUGCUGCAAAAGCCGCGGGUUCGAGUGCUCGACCCACAUCAAGAGCACCUGGGUCCCCGCCGCCCGUCGCCGCGAGCGCCUGCGCACCGCCCUUGCCUCUGGCUCCUCAGCCUCCACUUCCAAAAAGCCCCGCCUUGUGGCUUCUCUGCCGGCGACCGCGUCCCACACCUUCACCUCCAACGACAACCCACCCGGUAGCUGCGACGCCACCUCCGGCCACGAAGCUUCAGACGCCAGCAUCAGGGAGAGCCUUCCGGGGCAGGUUCGAGCGCAGGCAGUGUUCAGGUGCGUUCGGGUGACGUCCAUUCACGACAGCAAGGACCAGUACGCCUACCACGCCGUGGUCAAGAUCGGCGGACGCGUCUUCAAGGGUUUACUCUACGGUCAAGGCGUCCACGACGGUGGCGGCCAUGGCGACGAGGCCAAGGACCACAUUCCAGACAUCUCGGAGCUGCACCUCGGGAGCCAAAACGGUGGCGGUUCAUCGUCAUCGCCUCUGCUUCAGUCCGGCGUCUUCGGAGGCAGUGCUGGAUUGAUUGGAGGCGCCAACUACGGUAACCAAAUAAGCUGAACUCUCCUUCAGUCUUCACACCGCAACCAAUCCCUCCCCGACCUUUACAUUCUAUCGUUUAUCGUCUAUCUAUUGUUGUGUGAGAUCUCAAUUGUCGUGGUCAUAUGCGUCAUCUCAAUCGACUAUUUCUCUUUCUAAUAAUUACUAUACCUGCUAAA